AUGUCGUCUCAGCCAAAUACUGGCAAGGCGGGCGUCAUCAAAGGUGGCACUUCCACCUUGGGCAAGCUUGCCAACUCGGUGCUCGAUGACUUGUUGUACAACAUCUGCCACGACUUGUUAAUAAAGGUACAUCGAGAUGAGAAGAUCGCCCGCGCCUCGACUGCUGCCGUUCGUGUUGAGAAGCUCGCUGCCGACACUUCGGAUUCCUCACAACCUGACGCGAGGCCGGACCUCAGAGUCGAAACCGAUGCCGCCAUCUACGACGACGGCAAGGUGUUGUUGAAGGGAAACCCGUUGGCCACUACGAAAGAUAUCCUCUGUCCAAGAUGCCAUCUGCCGCGAUUACUGUACCCCACCGAUGGCAAGGGAGCCAGGAAACCAGACCCGAGUAUCAUAUAUUGCAAGAAACACCCCUACAUUGACAAGCCUGGCUACGACAUUUAUGGACAAACUUGGGUACCGCAGGGGCCGGGUAGAGGCAAGAAGAAGAAGGACAUGGACAAGAAGGUGGAAACGACGCCGCAGGAUACCCCAGGCGGCACACCCGGGCCGGACGAUACGGGCGGCAAGGGCGGUGCUGCCUCGCGACCACCGAACGUCCUCUCUUUCCCCUCGGCCACUUGCAGUAAAUGCAAACGAUGCAUUCUUGUCACACGGCUGAACAAUCACAUGGGCUCAUGCAUCGGCAACAGCGGCCGGAAUGCUAGUCGAGCCGCUGCGCAGAAGAUCUCCAACGGAGCCAACGGCCACAACGGUAGUCAGAACGACAACACACCACCCCACAGUCAAAAGGGAACCCCCGGACCCGGUUCCAGAGCGAACAGCCCCAAGAAACGAGCCAGCGAAGAAGUGAACAGCGACGACGAUUCAGAGAACGAGAUAGCCCCCAAGAAGAAGAAGCUGAAGUCGUCGGGGGCCACGGCACCCAAGAAGGUCAUCCUGAAGACGAAAGGAGGCUCGUCAGGUCUCAAGAAGGAGAAGGUCAAGACGAACUCCAUGUUGAGCGCUGAGAUGAAAAUGAAUGAUGGCGAUGCGGAUGGCUCCACGGUCGAGGUCGCGCCAAAGAAGAACAUGGCAAAACAUAUCAGCCCAGCCAAGAAGCUCAAGCUGGGCGUUUCCAAGCCAUUGUUGUCCUCGUCGGGUGCAAAGAAUGGCAAAGCGAGCACGAACGGAGCAGGCGGCGGCGAUGAUGCGGGCAGCGAGAGCUCGGGCACCUUGUCAUCUCCACCUGCUCAAUGA